UGAACCCUAAUCAGCAAGAACAAAAUAAUACUAAAGAUGACACAUAUAUGGCCUUGAAAGAAACUAAUUCUAACCAUCAGCAAAACCUUCAACUUCCAAUACUAGCAAAAUUAGCUACAACAAAUGACAGCUCAGAUGAACAAAUGCAAGCAAUAACUCAAGAUCUUAUACCAGAUACAGAAAUGCUACUAAGAGAUGAACUUUCACAUUCCUAA